AUGUUUGCCUUCACAUCUCCCGGUAUCAAAUUUGACAAAUCCUAUAACACUGGAAAAGCACCUCCAACUUUCCGUAUACAUGGACAAACACAUAAUCUUAUUGGAAGCCUCCUCCCUAUGCCUAAUAACCCUCCUAAGUUUGCACAACUAUAUAUUUAUGAUACAGACAAAGAGAUCAUCAACACACUUUCACAAAACCCGAUGCAUGAUAUGCUUGAUGAACAGAUUAUCAUUGCAAUCAAAGACAUGCUUGAUCAUCACAAUCACUAUGCUCAAAAGUUUCGAAUGGCAAGGGACAAAUUGCAUUCUACUACAGUUCCAGACCUAAAGAUGAAACUCAUUAGUCAAAGACAAACAGAUGGAAGGUUGUAUAACUUACCAACUACCACUGAAGUUGCUGCUUUGAUUGUUGGUGAUGAACACUCAGCUGAUAAAAGAGAUAUUAUAAUAGAAAAACAAUCUGGACUUCUGAAGAGAAUAAAUGAACUUCAUCCUGCAUAUUUACCUUUGCAAUAUCCACUUUUAUACCCAAAAGGAGAAGAUGGUUACAGACUAAAUAUACCUCACAAAGAUCAUGCCAAUAUACAUACUGCAAAGAGGAAACAAGUCACAUUGCGCGAAUAUUUUUGUUACCGGCUACAGUCAAGAACAAAUGAAGCACAGACUAUACUUCAUUCCAGAAGAUUAUUUCAGCAAUGGAUUGUUGAUGGAUAUUGUAUGAUUGAGUCUCAAAAACUAAACUAUGUCAGACAGCAUCAACAACAACUCAGGGUUGACAAAUACAUCAAUUAA